CACCAUAUUACAUACACACACACCCCACAUGAAUGUCUUUAUAAAUAGUACUAUUGUAUAGUACUGGUCCAAGGAUCCAACUUGAGAGAGAGAUAGUGAGUGCAGAGCCAAUCUUGUGAAAUCUAGAAAAAAAAGAAGAUCUUUUCCAGAGAGGAAAGAAAAAUAUAACUCUUUGUGUUUAUUAAAACGAAAAAGAUGAAGAUUUGGUGUGAUGUGUGUGAUAAAGAAGAAGCUUCAGUGUUCUGUUGUGCAGAUGAAGCAGCUCUCUGUAAUGGUUGCGAUCGCCAUGUUCAUUUCGCCAAUAAGCUUGCCGGAAAACAUAUGCGAUUCUCUCUCACUUCUCCUACUUUCAAAGAUGCUCCUCUCUGUGAUAUAUGCGGGAAGAGACGUGCAUUAUUAUUUUGCCAAGAAGACAGAGCAAUACUAUGCAGAGAGUGUGACAUUCCAAUACAUCAAGCUAAUGAACACACUAAGAAACACAAUAGAUUCCUCCUCACCGGCGUCAAGAUCGCUGCCUCUCCAUCCGCAUACCCGAAGGCCUCCAAUUCCAACUCCGCAGGGGCACUGAGCCGGGCCAAAACCCGUCCCAAAUCGGUAUCAGGUGAUCAGGUCCCGAGCUCGGCCUCCAGUGAGGUCUUUGCGAGCUCUCCUUCCACAACUACAAGCAACUACUACUACGGGCUAGAAAACUAUCAUCAAGUAAGCGACUCUGGUUCUGGAUCGGGUGGUACGGGCAGUAUAUCUGAGUACUUGAUGGAAACGUUACCGGGUUGGAGAGUGGAGGAUUUGCUUGAACAUCCUUCUUGUGUCUCCUAUGAAGAUAACAUUAUGAGUACUAAUAAUAACAAUGAGUCCUAUAUGGUUUACGAUGGUUCUUCACAGUACCAUCAUCAAGGGUUUUGGGAACAAAAACCUUUUUCCUGAACCUGUUAUUUGGUUGUUGGGGUUUGAAAACCAACUUGUUGCAUCUGUUUUUUCUCAAAAUAUAUUUUUACUUUAUCUUUAAUUAUUUUUUCCGAAGGAAGAA